GAGAACUCCUCCACUCACACACACACAGAGAGGCAGAGACCCAUCAUCAAAGAGAGAAGACCUCGCGAUCACGGCCAUGGACACCUUCUCCGUCUCCGAUCUCGAGGCCGGAGUUUCGGGAAUCCCGCCGCCUCAGACGAUGACGUCCUCCUGCACCCCUGUGCUCCCCCGCCGAAGGAGGAGCUACAAAGCCUUGGGAUCUGGGACGACGCCGGGCUUCUUCUUUGAAUCUCUCCCCGACGAUGAGCCUCACUACUUCCUCGACUCUUGUUUUCUCUGCAAGAAACCUUUAGGAUCCAAUCGCGACAUCUUCAUGUACAGAGGUGAUACGCCAUUUUGUAGUGAAGAGUGUCGGCAAGAGCAAAUAGAUAUGGACGAGAACAACGAGAAGAAUCGGAAGCUGUCGUCCAUUAAGGAUCAAAAGAAGAAGAAAUCUAGCAGUCCUUCGAAGGCUCAGAACAAUUUGCACUUCCGUUCUGGUACCGUCGUCGCUGGCUGAUCGAUCCUCUUCUCCAACCAAAUCCAUCUCCCUCUUUAGUCUUUAUCUUUAUCUUUGUCUUUGGCUCUGGAUCUAUAUAUAUAUAUAUAUAUAUAUAUAUAUAUAUAUCGAAAUAUCUAAAUAUAAAUAGAUCUAAUAUCCACGAAAUUAGUUUUUUAUAUGAAACGAGAAGAGAAAAACAUCUUGUAUUUUCCCCCCUCUUUUUUUUUUUUAUAAUUUUCAGGGAGGAUGAGAGUUUUCUAUGUACAGGAAGGAUGAAGGAGUGUGUUCUGGAUGGAGUUUUAUGGGUGGUUUUUUAUUUUUAUUUUUAUUUUUGUAAAUUUUGAGAAAUGGAAGGGCUUUUUUGUCUUUCUGCCUUCUUCCUCUGCUGCUGCUGUUGAUCUCAUUGAACACUUUGAGAUGCAUACAGAGCACCAUUAUCAUGUCUAAACAGUGGAUUCGAAUUAUUUUUGUUUU